AUGUUACUGCAGUUUCUUUAUUUUAAAUGCUUGGGAAUUUUUGUUGAGGCCUAAUAUAUUUAGAAUUUUGUCACUUCUUAAAUAUCUAAUAACGAAGGUGAAUAUUUUAAUAUUAAUUUAGGAUGGACAAUCGUAAAUCCUUAUAAUGGAGCAACUAAUUAUAUUACUAAUUGUGGAGGAAACAUCAUUUUUGGAGGAUAUCAAGUUUUUGGAUGCACUUCAUCAGCAAUACCUUAAUUAACUUCGGUGAUGAAAUAUUUUAUUCUGCCACCUCAUUAUAAUUUACGUAUUAAUAUCAGAUUCUGGAAGUUUUAAUAUUAUCUUAUAUUAAGAAUUGAUGAUUGGCCAACCUCCCAAUACUUUUAUAUAUUUGCAGAUUAAUGGUUCGAUAAUUGGUAUGUUGUAGCAAAUACAGGAUCUAAUUUAUGUGGUGGUUCUGGUACAGAAUUUAGUGCUUUAUAAUUUAUUGAUUAUCGUCUGCAUACAUUAAAUUCAGUAAUUGUCAGAUUUUCAUCACACUGUAAUUAAUAGGUAUUUGUUUAACUUUUUAAAUUUUAAGAAUUUUUGGGGAAUUACUGAUUUUUAAUUAUUAUUACGUGAAUGUUACAAAGGAUGUUUAUUUUGUCUAGAUGAUACAGCAGAUUGUAUUUUAUGGAAAGUAUGGUAAUCAUAUUUUGAUUUAUAAUAUCUCGGCAAUGGUUUUGAAGGUUGGAUAAAAAAUAAAUUUUCAUCGUUUACAUAUCUAACUAAUAAUUAUUUCUGUAAAUUUGCAUAUUAUAUAUUUAGCUUAAUUAAAAAUGUUGAUCAUAAAUUAAGGAGAAUCUGCAAUCAAUUAUUUAUUAUUACCUGAUCAUAGUUCCUUAAUUAUUCAAUUUAGAAUUGAAUUUCUCUCAAAUUUACCAUAAACAUUGAGUAUUUAUUUAAAUGAUGAAUAAUAACUAGAAUUUACUACUAAUUCUAGAAGAUAUAUUGAUUAUAGAAGUUCAAUAAUUAAUGAUUCAAGAAAUUAAAUUAAAUUAGAAAUCAGAAGUAUUAAUGGUAGAAUAGCUAUUCGUGAAGUAUAAAUAAUUCUUCGAGGACCAAUAAAUUUAAUUUCAUGUAUUGAUGAUAAUAUAGAACCUUUUGAUGGUUGUUUUGCUAAACAAGAAUCAUGUUAAUAAGGAUGUUCAUUUUGUGUUAAUAGAUAAUGUCUUAUGUGUGAUAAUUAAUGGGUUUAUAAUGAAUUAAAUAAUAAUUGUGAACCUUUAUGUGGAGACAAAUUUAUUAUAGCAAAUGAAUAAUGUGAUGAUGGGAAUGAAUUUCCAUUUGAUGGUUGUUAUUAAUGCUAGUUUUCAUGUCCUUUAAAUUGUCAUAAUUGUUUAUUUGGUAAAUGUUAGGAGUGUUAAACAGGUUAUUAUUAUUCUAAUGGAAUAUGCAAUCAAAUAUAUGAAAAUUUAUUUCAAGUAGCAAAUUCAUAAUUAAUUAAAAAUUAUAAUGUAAAUUAAAUUUCUUUAGCUUUUUAUGAUGAUAUAAACUUCAAUUAAAUUCAUUUGUAUUAUCAAGAAAGAUCAAUUUUUGAAAAUGGAAUUGAAAUAUUUGAAUCUUUAUGUUCACCUCUUUGUUAAGUUUGUAUAUAUAAAAAUUGCUUGGAAUGCUAAAGUAAUUAUUUACUAUUCAAAAAUUAAUGUAUCCCUAGAUUAAAUAAAGGGAUACUUUUAUUUGAAGAUGGAAUUCAUUUGAGUGAAUAUUUAAUUGGAUGCUAUCAAUGUGUAGAGAGCUGUCAGAUUUAAUGUCUAUAAUGUUAAAAUUCAUAUUGUAUAUAAUGUAUGGAUGGUUGGUAACUUUUUAAUGGAUAUUGCAAAUAAGUUUGUGGAGAUAAUCAAGUAGCUAUAUUAUCUCAAGAACAAUGUGAUUCAAAUUUAACAGAUUGCUUAAAUUGUAAUAAUCUUUGUUCUGAAGAUUGUUAAUAUUGUUUAGAUGAUAAGAAAUGUUUAAUAUGUUAUGAGAAUUAUGUAGAAAUUGAUAAUUAAUGUUAAUUAGCUUGUUAAAAAGAGUGUAAAGAAUGUUUUCAAGGUAUAUGUUUAGAUAAUUUCUCAAAUGAAGAAACUAAUGUUGUUGAUGAUGCUUAGAAUUAAAUUUGUGGUGAUGGUAUUAGAUAAUAAUAAGAAUUUUGUGAUGAUGGAAAUAAUAUAUAAUUUGAUGGAUGUUAUAAUUGCCAAUUUUCAUGUCCACUUAAUUGUGUAAAUUGUAUUGAUGGUAUUUGUUAUGAAUGUGAAUAUCAAUUACAAUUAAAAUAUAAUUAAUGUUAUGAAUAUUGUGGAAAUGGUAAAAAAAAUUAAGAUGAAUUAUGUGAUGAUGGCAAUAUUAUUGAUGCUGAUGGUUGUUCUUCUAAUUGUAAUAUAGAAGUUGAUUAUAACUGUAUUGAAAAUUAUAAUGGAUUAUCUGAAUGCCAAUAUUAUAAAUCUCCUUAAAUGAUAUUGAAAUUCUUAAAUUAAACAUAUAGUAAAUAUUACAUUGAUAUAUCAUUCACCUAACCAAUCUAUUUCAAUAAUAAUUAUUAACUUGAAUCUCUUUUUGAUAUUAGUAUUGAUGACAUAAAAACUGAAGAUUUUGCAAUUAAAUUAGAAUCAAAUCAUUAACCAACUAUUAAUACUGUUUUAAAUUUUAAAUUUCUUUUAGAAAUAAACCUUUUCAUUUCAACUAAUAGUAGUUUUGUAUAGUCUAAUAUAUAACUUAUGAACGAAGCAUUUAAUGAAAAUCAAAUGAAAUUACUUAAUCCAUCAUCAAAAAUUUAACUUAAAUAAUACAUUUAAAUGAGCAAAGCUGAUAUAGAUAAAACAAAAAAACUCACUGAAUAUCAAGAAAUUAUGAUUGUAGUUUAAGGAAUAAUAAGUGUAAUUAGUUUAAUUUCUGGAAAUUUUUAAAUGCUUAUUGAAAUUUUAGAUAACUUAUAGUAUCAAUCAUAUUUAAAAUACAUAAAUAUUAUUUAUCCAGAAAAUCUAUACCUUUUUUUUGAAUCCACUAAUCUAAUAACUAUCAAUCCAAUUCUAGAUUUCUUUAAAGUUGGUGAAAUCUUUGAAACAUAUAUCUAUUAAGAUUUUAUUUAGUCUUAUGGUAAAUUAAAAUUUUAUAGUUUAAAUGCUAAUUUACUUACUAAUCUGUAAUUCUUUUUCAUUUAAACCAUUGCAUUGUUUGUAUUAGCAAUUUUAUUGAAUACUAUUUGUUAAAUUACCAUUAAAUUAUGUGAACAAAAUAUCAUUAAAUAUUUCUUAUUUAGUAAAUUUAAGAGUUGGAGAUUUAAAUUUAUAUUUAAGAUCAUUAAUUUCACCUACAAUAUUUUUCAUCAAAUCCUAAUCUUUGUAAAUUAAUUUAAUUAAAAUGGUGUAUAAAAUAUAUUGUUAGCAAAUGCUUGGGAUUUACUUUUUAAAACAUUAUUAUUUUUAACCUCAAAUUCAAGUAAAGAUAAAAUUUCCUAAAUAUAAUCUGUCCUCUCAUAUUGUUUAUUGGCAGCGUUAGGAUUUACAAUGUCACUAUUAUUAAAGCAUUCCUUUAAAAAUAAAAAAAAAAGGAUGNAUUCUUAAAUUAAACAUAUAGUAAAUAUUACAUUGAUAUAUCAUUCACCUAACCAAUCUAUUUCAAUAAUAAUUAUUAACUUGAAUCUCUUUUUGAUAUUAGUAUUGAUGACAUAAAAACUGAAGAUUUUGCAAUUAAAUUAGAAUCAAAUCAUUAACCAACUAUUAAUACUGUUUUAAAUUUUAAAUUUCUUUUAGAAAUAAACCUUUUCAUUUCAACUAAUAGUAGUUUUGUAUAGUCUAAUAUAUAACUUAUGA